UCGCAAAGGAAAGUGCCUUGUUUGCAAGGUGUGAAGGUAGGUGGGGGCUGCAGAAGGAAAGUCAGCCCCCUUUGAGGGAUGAAGUCAUGGGACGUGCCAUUUGGGGGGCCCCCGUUGAAAAGGACGGCCCACCUGUAGGCCCCUGGACUCAGAAGAUACAAGAGGAAGCUUGCUCAGCAUCACGCAGGGGCCGCCAGUGAAGCAGGAAACACCGCCGCAACAUGCCCCUCAUUGCCAUGCUAUGUGUGUUGGCUUUAUUCCCACUACAAGCAGGUGCUUUCGAACAGGAGACUUUGACGGUAGUGGAGGGGCAGAAUCUGGACCUGCGUUGUGUCAUGGCUGCACACAAUGGAUCUGUUCUGGAAUGGAGGAACCCUAGAGAGUUUGUGAUUUUUUUCCAGACAUGGCGAGGGAUAAGAGACCAGAGGUACACCAUUACGCAUUAUUCAAAUGAUGCUUUAUCCAUUCGUCUGUCCAAUGUGACAGUCCAUGAUGAAGGAGUCUACACGUGCUUCAGCUACAGUAGCCGAAUCAGAAGAAAGCAAGUUAAAGUCACUGUCUUGGCUGCCCCCUCCAAGGUUAUGUUAGAAGUAUCGCGGGUGAGAGUUGACAACCAAGAAGAAAAUGCUGUUUUGAGGUGCUCUGCCUGGGGGAGUAAGCCCCCUCCUCAGAUCAUGUGGCUCCUGGACAGUGGGGUAGAACUACUUGGUGAUAUGGACAACCAGCUGGAAGCCAAGAAAUUUAAUUCAAUCAGCAUCAUUUCAGUCCAGACAUACACUUGGAGGUCUCCCAUAUCUUGUGUUAUACGCCAUGAAGCUCUGGGAGAAGAAAAAUUAACAGUAACUUUGUACUCCAAAGCCUCAGCUUUGGAAAAAAUAUUAAAUGGGACUGAAGAACAUUCGAAUAUAUCAACACCCUCUCCAAGUGCAGGAGCAGCUACUCUGAGUUCAAAUUCUACCCUCAAUGAUUCAGAACAACAGUUAAAUACAACAGAAGCAAAGUCUAGUGGACAAGCGCCUUCUGCAAGCACUGAAACACCACCUCUGACUUCUAACACAAACAAUGCCCCCCACAAAAGAUUAAAUGUCACCAAAGGACCUUCAGGUGUAAGGACAUCAUCCUCAAGUGCUUCCACGCAGAUCUUGAACUUUCAGACAACGGAUGCAGAAUCCAACAGCACAUGGAAUGCAACGGAAGGAAAUUUUAGUGCACAAACAACACCACUGAGCACUGAUGUGGCAACUCUAAGUUCUCAGAUAACGAACGAAGCAAACCUUACCUAUAAAGAAAUCCUCAAGAAGAACCGGAGCGUUUUGUUCCCCGUCCUUGUGACUGGGCUCCUUUUUGCUUUGCUCAUUAUCGUCCUCCUCCUUGCAAUGAAACUGUGGAAGGCGCACCAAGAGUGGAAGAAAGAAAACGAUAUUUUGGAACAGACACUGGAAAGUAACAGAUCCAAGCCAAAUGAUGAUCAUCUUCAGCAGGAGAAAAACCAACACAGUAUGCAGACUCCAUGUUUAUUCAUUCCUUGGAAAACCAGUAAGAAGUAUGUAAUUCACGGAUCAUGCUCAAGGACAUCAAAAAAUUCAGAAGAGAGUCAAGAUUCUUCUGUAUUUGAGAAACAAGUGCCCUACAUUAAAGAAACUGACUUGUAAUCA